AUGGAAGAGUUGGAGCGGUUGAUCAAGAUGUUUUUCAAUAAAACCUGUGCUGUUUUACUUAUAUUAUUGUGUUCCAUUCAAAAUCCAUCACUAGCAGAACCUGGAAUACAAAUGCAGCCACCAAGAUUCACAAUGCAACCCUCAUCUUCAAACAGUAUAGUAAGAGAAGGCACAACAAAAAUUCUUCAGUGUUCAGCAAUUGGCAUACCACAGCCAAUGUACAGAUGGCUUAAAAAUGGUGUUCCGAUUGGAGAUUAUUCAUCGGAGUUGUUUUUUAAAAUACAUAACACUCAACGGCAGGAUGCAGGAGCUUACCAGUGUAUCGCUAAAAACGACGUCGGAGCGAUUUUCAGUGAAAAGAACAACAUUGUUGUCGCUUAUAUGGGUGUUUUUGAGAACACUUUGGAACAAGUGGUAACAGUUGAGUCUGGUAAGGCUGCGAUUCUCGACUUCCCACACAUCGAAUCAGAUCCACCUCCAUCAGUUAUAUGGCAGGAUGAGAACGGUGUGAACGGCGUGCUGAGAUACGAUCAGAAGUAUGCUAUUACUGAUAAACACCAACUCGUUAUUCUAUGCUCUUCAAAGGACGACCAAAGAGCUUAUAGAGCAAGAGCGAUUAACACACAAUUAGGUAAGGUAGAAAAUAGUCCGUACAUCAGGCUGAUAGUCGACGGAGAUGACAACAAGGAAAUCGCCCCAGAAAUAAUAAUUAAACCGCAAGACACAAAGAUAAUUAAGGGUCAAGAAUAUACAAACGUUUAUUGUAUAGCGAAUGCUAGACCGCUGCACGAAUUAGAAACAUUAUGGUUCAAAGACGGCGUAUUGAUCGAUUUGGCGGGCAUUACAUACGACCUGAAUGAUCAAUGGAACCGAACGUUGAGUCUCAUAUCGGCUAAUUUGAACCAUACUGGGAAGUACACGUGUCAAGCUAGGUUAAAGUCCGGGGGAUUUGCCACAGUAACCGCAUCAGCUACGGUCACAGUAUUCGAAAAGCCGGUUAUGUCGACUAGCCUGAAAGCGGAGACUUUCGGAGAGUUUGGAAGCUCGGUUGUAUUAGAAUGCAACGUUCAAGGCAUUCCAAUGCCGAGUAUAACCUGGUAUAAAGAUGCUAGGAAAAUAGCUAGCGUUGGCGCGGAUGCUGAUAGCGAUAACUCCGACGUAGACGACGGCGGAGGCAGGUAUAGGGUGGAUGUAGAUCGAUCGCUGGUCAUCAGUCACCUCAAGAUGGAAGACAUGGGAAUAUAUCAAUGUAUAGCCAACAAUGCAGCCGGCGAAUCAUCAAUCUACUCCUGGUUGAAAAUAAAGACGAAUGAAAAUAUUCGGAAACCACGUAGUCAUAUGAAGUUAAUAAGAAUGAGGACGGCAGAUAAAAAGGCAAAAACUUUCAGAUUUGAUACCGGCACGUCCCCGCCAAUAAUGCAGACAGGCCCCACAAACCUCACAGUGCUGGACGGUAAAGAUGCAACCAUAAGCUGCAGGGCCAUCGGCGCCCCGACUCCCAACGUAACCUGGUACUUCAAUGAUUCUCUCAUUAUAAAUCUGUCUGGGAGACUGCAAGCCUUAGACGAGGGAGACUUGUUGAUUACGAGCACAACCACAGCGGAUAGCGGGAAGUAUACUUGCAUACGUGCGAACGACGCCGGGAACGUUUCAGGCGAGGCGUACCUUACAGUGCUCGUGAGAACACAAAUAAUCGCUCCGCCUGUGGACACGCGCGUUCUUUUAGGGCACACGGCCACGCUGCAAUGCAAGGUAUCCAGCGAUCCGAACGUGAAGUACAACAUCGACUGGUUCCACAACAAACAGCCUAUGACGGCGGGUUCCCGCGUGUGGGUGUCAGUGGACGGCUCGCUGCAGGUGCAGGCGGUGCGCGCGGGGGACGCGGGGGAGUACACGUGCGUGGUGACGUCACCGGGCGGUAACCACACCCGGCGCGCGACCCUCUCCGUCAUCGAGCUUCCCUUCUCCCCGUCCAACGUGCGCGCGGACCGGCUCGCGAGCCCCCAGCGGGCCGUCAACGUGUCAUGGACGCCCGGCUUCGACGGGAACUCACCCAUACAGAAGUUCAUCGUACAGAGACGCGUCGUACCCGAAUUCGGUCCCAUCCCCGACCCUCUACUGAACUGGUUCCGAGUGUCGGCGGUGAACACGGUAGGCGAGGGCCCACCUUCAGAUCCCACGGACGUGCUGACACUACCUCAAGAAGCUCCAUCCGGUCCGCCGUUAGGAUUCAUGGGUUCAGCUAGAUCUUCAUCCGAAAUUAUAACCCAAUGGCAACCGCCGCUAGAAGAACAUAGGAACGGCCACAUACUGGGCUAUGUCAUAAGAUAUCGACUGAAAGGCUACGAGAACAGUCCGUGGACCUACCAAAAUAUAACAAAUGAAGCCCAAAGAAACUACCUCAUACAAGAUCUGAUAACGUGGAAAGAUUACAACGUGCAGAUAGCGGCGUACAACGACAAAGGUGUCGGAAUGUUCUCCGACAGUUACACCAUCAAGACUAAAGAGGGCGUGCCCGAAGCGCCACCGGCCAGCGUGCGAUGUGACCCGUACAACUCAACAGCCAUACAAGUGUGGUGGACCCCGCCCAACCCACAAAAAAUCAACGGAAUUAAUCAAGUAUGUUCAUUUAAAAAAAAAAAAUUCGGCUACAAGAUCCAAGCGUGGCUUUGGGAUGACUCGCAGAACGACAGCGUCGAACAGAAGCUGGUCAGUGUACCGCCUAAUCUUUUGGAUCCCCUCACGGAGCAGACAGCUAUUAUUAAUGGAUUGGAAAAAUUCACUGAAUACAAUAUAUCAGUUCUGUGUUUCACGGAACCGGGGGACGGACCUCGCAGUGAAUUUAUUAGCGUGAGGACGAAGGAAGAUAUUCCGGAUGAAGUAAUGAAUCUUCAAUUCGACGAUAUAUCUGACAGAGCAGUGAGAGUGUCGUGGUCUCCGCCGAAGAAGUCCAACGGCGUGCUAAUCGGAUAUAAACUUAAAUAUCAGAUUAAAGAGAACCCUGAAACUUUUAAGGAAGAAAUAUUACCUCCCAACGUUACAAGUAUUAGAGUGGAACAUUUGCAGGCCAGUACACAGUACCAAUUCUGGGUGAGCGCUCUGACGGGUGUGGGCGAGGGCGCGGCGCGGGCGGCGGCGCUGCAGUCCGGAGUGGAGCCCGUGCUGCCGCGAGCACCCACCAACCUCGCGCUCUCCAACAUACAGGCUCACUCCGUGCUGCUGCAGUUCACGCCCGCCUUCGAUGGAAACUCAUCAAUAUCACUUUGGACCGUUCAGGCACAAACCGCCCGUAACUCGUCCUGGAUAACAAUAUAUGAAGUAAACGCUCCCGACGCUCAGUCGAUCCUAGUGACGGGGCUGUGGGCUCCUCUCCACCUUCAGAACCCUGCAAAGAGUUUCCAAACCAUACAAGCGCCUCCACAACAUCCGCCAAGAAACGUCACCGUUAGAGCUGUCAGCGCCAAUAAUUUACGCGUUAGAUGGAUUCCUCUCCAACAAAGUGAAUGGUACGGCAACCCCAAAGGUUACAACAUCACAUACAAACGUAGCGGCAGUAAUGAUACUCUAUAUAGUAUUAUAGACGACCACACGGCCAACUCGCAUGUAUUAUCAAAUCUCGAGGAGUGGUCCAUCUACGAAAUUACUAUGACGGCUAUUAAUGAAGUUGGCACUUCUGCUGUCAGUCCUACAGCAACUGAAAGGACUAGGGAAGCAGUGCCAUCAAGCGGUCCAAUAAACGUAUCUGCUAACGCGACAUCAUCCACCACCGUAGUGGUUCUAUGGGGUGAUAUACCCCUACAAGAUCAAAACGGUCUUAUCGAGGGAUAUAAAGUUUGCUACGCCGCUGUCCUACCGCCGCCGCGACCAGAACAUAAGAAAGUUGAAUGUCAUCCGAUACCAUCCAACCAGACUCAUACUGUGACGCUCACGGAACUAAGGAAGUACGUGGUGUACCAAGUACAAGUGUUGGGUUACACGAGGCUGGGAGAUGGAGCACUCAGCGACCCUCCAGUUACUGUCAGGACUUAUGAGGAUACUCCCGGUCCCCCGUCGAACGUGUCGUUCCCUGACGUGACGUUCACGACCGCUCGCAUCAUCUGGGACGUGCCCGAGGAUCCCAACGGCGAGAUCUUGGCCUACAAAGUCACAUAUCACCUGAACGGUUCAACGCUUCACAUGUUCUCCAAAGAGUUUUUACCAUCCGACAGAACUUUUAGGGCGACCGAGCUAGCCUCAGAGCAGUACUACGUGUUCUCGGUGAGAGCUCAAACCCGCGUGGGGUGGGGAGGCACGCUGCGGGCGCUUGUACUGACGACUGCCAACCGCGCCGCGCCCGCGCCGCCCGUCACGCCCAACGUGGCGCGAUCACUGCUACAACCGCAUCAUAUCACCUUUUCAUGGACGCCCGGAGACGAUGGAUACGCUCCACUAAGAUAUUACACGAUACAACAGAAAGAAGAAGGCGGCACGUGGCAGACUCUCCCUGAACGCGUGGAUCCGUUCGCUACCUCGUACACUGUGGACGGACUGAAACCGUACACCGCCUACCAGUUCAGGAUACGAGCUACCAACGACAUCGGACCCAGCAGAUAUAGUAAUGCUACUGAGACCGUUAGGACCUUGCCAGCUGCCCCAAGCAAAGCAGUUGAAAAGUUGGUAGUAGUUCCCAUAACUCCGAGCAGCGUCCGAGUACAGUGGCGCGCGCUCGGCGAACAACACUGGAGCGGGGACACGCGCACCGGAGGGUAUUCAGUGUCCUAUCAGCCUCUAACUGACUUCACCUCUCUUCAACGCGCUAUGAAGAGAGAAGUCCCCGGGAUUAAGUCAGAAGAGGUGGUUCUCACGGAUCUAGCGGUGGACCGUAACUACGAGAUCAGCGUGUGUGCGGUGAACUCUCAGGGCGCGGGUCCUUUAGGCGCUCCGGCCGUGGUGUGGGUGGGGGAGGCUGUACCUACGGCGCCGCCCCAACAAGUGGAGGCUAGGGCUCUCUCACCCACAGAAGUAGCGCUCACUUGGCAUCCACCGCUGCAGGCGCAACAGAACGGAGACCUGCUCGGUUAUAAGAUCUUCUACCUAAUGACGGAAUCUCCCGAGGAACCUGAACCAGGACGUCGUGCUGAGGAGGAAAUUGAAGUGGUUCCCGCAACAGCUACGUCACACUCACUAGUGUUCCUCGACAAGUUCACACAGUACCGAAUACAGGUUCUAGCGUUUAAUCCGGCGGGUGACGGUCCUCGCUCGACUGCCAUACAAGUGCGGACACACCAGGGCCUCCCUUCAGCUCCUCGUAACAUAACAUUUACAGACAUCACAAUGAACAGCCUCGUGGUCUCCUGGGAGCCGCCGCAGAGACGGAACGGACUCAUACACUCGUACCUCGUCACGUACGAGACUAUAGAACAGGACGAACGUUUCAGCAAGCAGGUGAAACAGAAAGUUAACGAGCGACGGCUGGCGGUGGGGACUCUUGAAGAGGAGGUUGAGUAUCGGUUCAGUGUGAAGGCGGUGACUGUAGGAUCCGGGGCUGCGGCGGAGGCGCGGGUACGGACCGGACCGCAGCCCGGCUCACCCUCACCACCCGCGGCGCUUAAACUCAGGGCUGAUGUAGCCGCUCUUACUAUGAGGUGGACCAAUGGAGCCUCCGGACGAGGUCCUCUCCUAGGAUACUACUUCGAAGCAAGAAAGAAAGACGACACCAGAUGGGAAACUAUAACGAGAACAAGCAACGGUAUUCUGGAAGAAUUCACGAUUUCGUAUCAAAGUCUGCUUCCUUCGACCGCGUACUCGUUCAGAGUGAUCGCAUACAACAUGUACGGGAUCAGCAACCCGGCGUACAGCGACAAGGUCAUCGUGACCCCGUCCAAGCUGUAUCUGGAGUACGGCUACUUACAGUACCGACCGUUCUAUAGACGCACGUGGUUCAUGGUCGCCCUAGCCGCCGCCUCCAUCAUCAUCAUUAUCAUGGUGAUAGCGAUACUGUGCGUCAAAAGCAAAAGUUACAAAUACAAAAAGGAAGCACAGAAGACGUUAGAGGAAUCUCUGGCCGGUGAGACGGACGAGCGCGGCUCGCUGGCGUUGGACAUGUACAGGUCGCGGCAGAAUUCAGUAGCGAGUGUGGGAGCCCUGGGAGGCACCCUGCGCCGCAAGCCGGUCCACGGGCCCGCGCUGGGCAAGUCCCCGCCGCGGCCGUCGCCCGCCUCCGUCAACUACCGCAGCGACGAGGAGAGCCUCCGCGCCUUCGACGACCACCCCGACGACUCGUCCCUCACGGAGAAGCCGUCGGAGAUGAGCUCGUCCGACUCGCAGAACUCUGAGAGCGACAACGAGAGCGUUCGAUCCGAACCUCAUUCGUUCGUGAACCACUACGCUAACGUGAACGACACGCUGCGUCAGUCCUGGAAGAGACAGCGGCCCGUGAGGAACUACUCCAGCUACACGGACUCGGAGCCCGAGGGCAGCGCGGUCGUCAGUCUUAACGGCGGUCAGAUCGUCAUGAACAAUAUGGCACGCUCCAGGGCUCCACUGCCGGGCUUCUCGUCGUUUGUAUGA